CUGAUUCCUGAACCUCCUCAGAACCUGAUACGGACACGGUGAGGUGAGCAGUUGAGACUUGAGAGAGGCGGAGAGCAGAGAAUCAGAGAGAGGACUGAACAGUGGAGACUGGGGACUAGAGAGAGGCGGAGAGCAGAGACCAGAGAGAAAGGAGUCCUUAAUGGCAGAUUCGGGUGAAAAUCAACAGCCUGAACAAGUUUGCAACUUUUUCAGAAAGCCUUCAAGGAAUAAAAACAUCAGAAAAAGAACAGUUGAUGAAGAAGAUGAGGAUGAUUCAAAAACAGAAGGCUCAUUCUUACACAGUCAAAAGAAAACCAUAAAGCCUGACAAUAAGCUGUAUUUUUCGACUGGAUCCUCUAAGAACAAAACGUCUACUGAAGCAAAGGAAGAAUCUGAGAAGCCAAUUUUUCAGUUUGAGUCUUCAAGGGAAAUUCAAGUUGAACAUGAUAGCAGAGCGACAGCAACUCUAGAAACUGAGACCGAUUUCUCAAGAGAUGCUCGUGCAUUGCGUGAGAGAUCUCUUAAGCAAGCAGAGGAGGCUUUGAAGGGGAAAGGAAAAAGCUCUGGGGAUGAAAAGUUGUAUAGAGGAAUUAAUGGAUAUACUGAUUACAAGGCUGGUUUCCGAAGAGAGCAAACGGUUGCUAGUGAGAAAGCUGGCGGAGCACAUGGGCCUUUGAGGGCUUCUGCUCACAUAAGAGUUUCAGCGAGAUUUGAUUAUCAACCGGACAUAUGUAAGGAUUACAAAGAGACUGGUUAUUGUGGGUAUGGAGAUUCUUGUAAGUUUAUGCAUGAUCGAGGGGAUUACAAGUCUGGAUGGCAAAUGGAGAAGGAGUGGGAUGAAGCAGAGAAAGUAAGGAAGAGAAAUCUAGCUUUGGGAUUAGAUGAUGAGGAUGAUGGUGGUGUAGACCCUGGUGAGGAAGAUGAUGAUGAUGAUUCGUUGCCCUUUGCAUGUUUCAUUUGCAGGCAGCCUUUUGUUGAUGCUGUUGUAACCAAGUGCAAGCACUAUUUCUGUGAGCAUUGCGCAUUAAAGCAUCACACAAAGAACAAGAAAUGCUUUGUUUGCAACAAACCUACUCUUGGCAUUUUCAAUACAGCUCAUGAGAUACGCAAAAGGAUUGCCGCAGAGGGUAAAUAAUAGUCGCUUGGUUGUUCGUCGUGCUCUUUGGUUGUUCGUCCUAUUUGGAACAAUUUGUUUAAUUAGGUGGAGACUGUUUCAUACAUUGGAUCCAAAAGGACACAGGUCAUGACAUUGAAGUUUCUUUUUUGUUUUUGUUUUUUAUGAUCCUGAUUUAUACGUCUUAACCUGAUAUGUAAGAAACUUUUAUGAUAUUUCAUAUUAGCUUUAAUAAGUAAAUAGACUUAACAUAUUAGUCA